CCCACCAAGAUAAAAACUAGAUGACGAACGGGUAAGGCUCCCCCUUGAAUCCGGCCAACAAAAUCUAGUCUCGAGGAAUAAGAGGGAACAACAAAGGGGCUUCCAUUCCACCACCCAUGGCCUCAUCAUCUUCCAAGAUGAUGGCCUUCCCCCUUCUUCUGUCCCUCUCCCUCCUCCUCCUCCUGCUCCUCCCACCCUCCGCCUUAGCGGGGGUGAUAUGCGAGGACCUGCCGCAAGACCUGUGUGCGUUUGCGAUCUCGUCGUCGUCCAAGAGGUGCGUGCUGGAAAGCAUCCCGCACAACGGGGGGCCCACCGAGUACCAGUGCCGGACGUCGGAGGUGGUGGUGGAACGGAUGUCGGAUUGGAUCGAGACUGAUGAGUGCGUGAAAGCCUGCGGCGUGGACCGUAAUACCGUUGGGAUCUCCUCUGACUCGCUUCUCGAGCCGCAGUUCACCGAGAAAAUCUGCUCUCCCUCCUGCCACCAGAAUUGCCCCAACAUCAUCGACCUCUACUUCAACCUCGCCGCUGCCGAAGAAAUUGGAAAUAAGGAAAGGAGUAGUAUUCGACGUCAUGGUGGAAUCAACGUGUAACAGGUGUGUUCCUGCCAGACCUGUGCGAGGCUCGCCGAGGAAAUCCUCGUCGGUCAAUGCAGGUGAUUCUCAGCUCUGGGGUUCCAAAACAGGCGGUCCGUGGAGGGGAUGCGCGUAAAUCGGAUGUAGCAGCUGCACCAGCUUGAUUUCAUUUCAUUUCUUAGAUAGUAGAUUAUUUGUUCACUGCAAUACAAAAAAGAAAACAGAGACCAUCUAGGAUUCUUUGUUUCCUCCGGAUGUACGACUUGGUGUUCGUUUUUGAGGUUUGAUUGCAUGGUGGUAUUUUUAGUUGGUUAGAUAAUAGCAAGCAUGUACAAUCUUCACACAUUGGCUCCUAAUAUGCAUGUGGCAUGAUACAUUUAUGCUAUCCAGCCUUAAAACGAA